AUGGCGAGAAGUAUUCCCUCACAAUUCAAGGUGGAACAAUUUGAUGGAAAUAUGAGCUUUACUAUUUGGCAAAGAAUAGUGAAGUGUAAAGAUGCAAAACAGGAGAGUAUGGUGGUUAUAAGUGAGAAGACUUGGAGUCGAGAUGAAGAUUCUACCCGAACACUGUGGCAGAGGUUGGAGAGGCUUUAUCCGAAUAAGAGCUUAACUACGAAGUUGAAUCUAAAGCUGGAUUUGUACAAGCUAAAGAUGAAGGAGGUCGCUAAUCUCAUUGAGCUUUUCAACGUGUCAAGGGGUUGUUGA